CAAGUAAACCUCCAAGGUUGACGACUUGUGGCGGAACUUGCCCAGAAAUAGCAACCUCAAGAAAUCCACAAGCCGGUAAACGGCCCGCCGACGUCUAGAAAAGCCACUGGGUAUUUGUCUAGUUAUUACGAUAAUUUGGUUUUGCUAUUUGAGACGCGAUCAAGGUAGAGUCGACGACGAUACUGCGCCUGUAACUUCAGCGAAAACCGCCGCGUCUUAUCCGAAAGAGUCUCCACAAAUACUGGUCUUACUGCCAGUUGCGAGUGAUUCAACAACGACAUCCCAGCUUUCUCUUCGCCGAGUGUGUUCUUCGACAAUAAUGCGCUUUGAGGGGCAUCUGUAGUCUAUGGAUAGUGGACCAGCACGAUAAUGUCGACAGGAUCUCAAAAGUGCUCGACUUGUUACAUGGCUCAUUACGUGGGGUCCCUAGAAGAGUGGAAAUAAACAUAAAACGCAAAUAUGAGCGGCAAUGGCCCCGAUAAUACGGAUGCUUCAUCCAUUAAACCAGUGUCUUCGUUGCUGUCGCAUUUCGAACAACUGACCACCCCCGCACCGAUUGGCAACAGCAUACGGUCGAGAUCUCAGUCGCCCAAUCCAAUAACCCAUCAAACUCUCCGCAGCAGCCCUGCAUCCCCUACAGGGCUACACACACAAGAGCUCGCCCCCAAUAACUGGCAAAAUGGCUCUGGACGGCUUCAGCCAACAGCAGCUGAAGUUGGGCGCCAAAGACCCGUGUCUACUGGCCCGAGAUUUGGUUCCCAAUACUCGCCAGCUGUCACAAUAGAGCCACCGAAGUCGCCACCUAAAUCGAGCAAUCUCAGCUUGACAAUACCGGGUUCGCGGGGUUCUUUGGCCCCGGAGACACCAAUAGCGACUUCGGCACCAGGUAUCGCAUCACCGAGGCAUUUUAGGAUUCCAAGCAGGCCCCAGACCCCGCUUGUGGAAUCUCGAAAACCACCAUUAUUAUCGCCCUCGCCAGCUUCACAGCCCCCCGAGCCUCCACCUCCUAGGAGGUCUGGUGAAUUACGAAGAGAACCCCCAGCAAAACCGCUUCCACGCGCUGCGCCUAUACCCAACCGCCUAGAGAAGCCCAAAAUACCAGCCAAGCGCAGCUCUGUAUAUGGCCAGACCACUGAUAGGGAGGCUAUGACACCUGUAGAUACACAACCUACAGCGUAUCGUGAGUUUCCAGCCAGCAUGCCAACCAGUCGGGGGGUCAGCCCUAAUCGCCCGUUCAUGGUCGCGCCAGCAGCACCGUCUCGUCCACUUGUUCAUGACACUGAACUGUACUCUCCAGCGCCUAUUAACCUUGCGGCAGCGAAGAGAAGGGAGUUUGAACCCAUUUCUAGGUCAGUAGCGGUAGAGAGUUCGGAUGAGCAGAAACCCAGUCUUCCUGCAAGACCAAGGCCUCCUCCAAGCAAACCGUUCAUAAAUCGAUCCAUGUCUAAUGUGAUGCCCGAUACCCGCGCGAACAACCAGCAAGACCUGCAACCCUACGCUCAAAAUCCCCAUAUUGUUGAUCGCAGUGUUUCACUAUCAAGGACGCCCGAGAGAAAUAUAUCUGCGUCUCGUUCUCACCCGCCCACUCCGCCGAGAUCAUAUCCAAGAUCAAUGUCAGUCGAUCAGACUGGCAUGAGAAAAUUGACUGAUUCUCAACACGCUCCCCGAACAACAUAUGAAGCCCCAGAAGCGUCGAUUCCAAGAUCUUCACAAGCCCAACCUCCGACGGCAGAGACAUCUCCAAGCAGUGUCGAGUAUCCGGACCCUUCUAGAUCGAAUCGCCGACCACCAAUAAUUAGCCAAUCCGUCAGAGAAAUACCGAUAAAGUUUGAUGCACGAAUAUUUGAUGUUAUUGGCGAGUACGCUUGUUCAUCAGGUACCUUCACAAGAGCCUGGAACUUGGUAACUGGCGAUCAACUGUUGAACCUCAACCACGGCGAAACAGUGAAGAUAAUGUCGAUUUCUUUCAAGGCAUUCUCCGCCCCUGAAGAGGAAGGACAACGUCUGUGGCUAGGCAAUAAUGUCGGCGACUUGGUCGAAGUUGACAUUGCUUCACAGAGCGUCGUAGCGACGAAAAGUGCAGCACAUAGCCGUCAUGAGGUUAUUAAGAUAUAUCGACACAAAGACGAAAUGUGGACUCUCGAUGACGUUGGGACGCUACAUAUCUGGGUCCCAAAUAGGGCAGCCACGCAAAGUUUCGACGCUUUAGCCCAAACUUUCCGGGUUCCUAAAGGCCACACAUUCUCCCUUGUUGCUGGCAAUGAACUGUGGUAUGCGACAGGGAAAGACCUUCGAGUUUUCGAUCCAACUGCCAGUGAAGGGGCACCGUUCCAGCUUCUUCAGCGACCUCUAUGCCAGUCUAGCGCUGGCGAGAUUGUUUCUGGAGCAACGAUUAACAGUCAGCCUGAUCGGGUAUAUUUCGGACACACAGACGGGAAAGUCACCAUAUACUCUCGCGACAGGUUUACAUGUCUUGACAUAAUAAACGUUAGCUUGUACAAAAUAAACUCUUUAGUUGGGGUCGGCCAACAUUUGUGGGCCGGUUUCAACACGGGAUUGAUUUGUGUUUACGACACCACUCAAGUCCCUUGGGUUAUGAAAAAGGACUGGAGAGCACAUGAAAAUCCCGUCAUUGGAAUUCUUGCUGAUAGGAACUCAUCACGCAGACUUGAUCGCUUGCAAGUUAUUUCUCUCGGUGCAGAUAAUUUGCUGAAGCAAUGGGAUGGGUUGCUACGGGAAGACUGGCUUGAGAAUGAAAUGCGGGCACGAGAUGCGGAGUUUUGUACCUUUCAAAACAUUCGCACUCUCGUCAUGACAUGGAAUGCCGGCGCCUCGACUCCCAGCAGCCUACGUAAUUCGGACCAAGAUGCUAGCUUCGUUCGGAAUUUACUGAAUUCGAGCGGGUCGCCAGACAUUCUUAUCUUCGGCUUUCAGGAGUUGGUUGACCUAGAAGACAAGAAAGCAACUGCUAUGAGCUUUUUUAAGUCCAAAAAGAAAGAUGCCCACUCUGACCAAGAGCGUAUGUCGCAUCAGUACAGAGAUUGGAGAGACUAUCUGAUCCGAUGCCUGGAUGACUUCAUGCCCAAGAAUGAGUUGUAUCAUUUGCUACAGUCAUCGACGCUCGUUGGGUUGUUCACGUGUAUCUUCGUAAAAUCUCACCUACGAGACCGGAUUAAGAAUCUCAGCGCCUCCGAAGUCAAGCGCGGAAUGGGAGGCUUGCACGGAAAUAAGGGUGCCCUGAUAGUUCGAUUCGUCGUAGAUGACACUUCGAUGUGUUUUGUCAAUUGCCAUUUAGCUGCAGGCCAGGCACAUACAAAACUACGCAACCACGAUAUAUCUGCAAUUCUAGAAAGUAAUGUCCUUCCUGUCGAGCGAGAUUCGAGUGCACGCCUGGAUAGCUAUAUUGGUGGUGGCGAUGGAUCCAUGAUUCUCGACCACGAGGUCUGCAUCAUCAAUGGGGAUCUCAACUAUAGAAUUGAUACCAUGGGCCGGGACGCUGUCGUCAACGCGGUCAAGGCCGGGAACUUGGCUAAGUUACUCGAAAGAGAUCAAUUGCUCGUCUCGAAGCGGAAAAAUCCGGGCUUCAGACUACGAGCCUUCCAGGAGAUGCCCAUUGCCUUUAACCCGACAUACAAGUAUGACGUUGGGACUGAUACGUACGAUACGAGCGAAAAGAAGAGGUCUCCGGCUUGGUGCGACAGGAUUCUAUACCGCGAUGGUCAUGUCGUGAACCGCAUCAAGCAGUUCGACUACCGCCGCCAUGAAGUGCGGGUAUCAGACCAUAGGCCUGUAUCGGCCUUGUUUGAGAUGACUAUCAAAUCUGUCCUGCCCAGAGAAAGAGCUUCGACUUGGGACAGGACAGUGCAAGGAUUUGAAAAAGUUAAGAAACGACUCCUCACGAAUUGAAACAUCAUGCUAGUGAGGUUGCCACAUGGCCUCUUACUAAAUUAUGGCAUAAUUUGCCCUGAGAUGAUAAACAAGAAUAAGAAUAUCUAAAAUUAAGAAACCUGGCAACGGGAUCUCUGUCGCCAGACAACUUUGGACCAACACUAGUGAUGUAAACCCGCAUUAAAAUCUAAU